AUGGAGGAGCUUUUCCCGUUGUCGCUCUAUAAAAGCGCCGGAUUUUCCCCUCCCAAAAGCACCGAUCGCAGAGCGAGAAUCAAGGUUUCUCCGAAACCAAAAUCAGAGAGCAAAGCCAUGCCCGCAGUCACCAUGGACAAGAUCCAAUUCUAUCAACCUCCAAAUCCCAUGAGUGCAACCGAGCUACAAGGACCGAACCUGCCCGCAAUCUCCACACCCCCCAAACCCCCAGCACGUAGACCCAAUCCCACCGCCGACGCUUUCACUUCCCUAUUAUGUCCCUCACAGCAGCUCAGACACCCUUUGCCCCCCCGCCUAUUCCCCUCUGUUACACCUCCCAUCUCUUCUCACCCUGCAGGCCAACGGUCUCAGCCACCCGAAACUCCAGAAAAUGACUUUGACAGAAUUUUGGAGGGGCUCUCGUCGUCCGACGGGAGCCAACCACUUGGCGGGGACGGGAGAAAUGCCGACGAGCACCUCACCAUCCUCUCCGGAUCGAAUCUGAGCGGUUUUGCCAGCGACCGCCUUGGUAUGCCUGUCGAGGCGGAUACGGCUGCGGAAAGUGCCACUGAAGCCGGCCUUCGCGCAUGCCGGUUGGGUGGACAUGGCCCCAUUGUGGUAGAUGGGUCGAUGGAGAUAGGUCACGGUGGGGAACCCACAAGCGAGUCUGCAGGUGGACAGACUUCUCCGCCACCGCUGCCUGCCCGCGAAGCGCCCACCGAUCAAGGUGACGAGCUAGACGGGAUGGCGGAUGAUGGUGGAGCCUCAUUGACUCCCCGAGAAGUUCCAGAAACCCCUCCCCCCCUUACCAUGGGCGAAGUGGGCACUUCCGCCCGCGCACCCCACGACAGCGUCUCUCCACAUCCAGGGGGUCGGCCUCAAAUCUCGGCUGGCCACGCCGGUGCGACACAGGAGGAGUGGCUGGUCAAAAGGAUACUGGAUUCCCGGAUCCGCGUGCGGAAGGGCAAGCCGCCACGCCUGGAGUACCGUGUUGCAUGGCGGCCUACGUGGCAACCGCGGAGCGAUCUGAUCCCGGGCUGCGAGGAGCUGGUCAAAGAAUUCCAUGCAGAGUGGAAGGACGAGCGGCCUUCACUGACUACUCUGACAGGCCACAUGCGUUUCAAGCAGAAAAGGGGAUCGCGCAGGGACGGUGGACGCAAGAUUGUAAAAUCAAUUGAUAUUCGCAUCUCAGCAGAAACCCCGUCGCUCUUCUCACCUGUGAUAGAAGUUUUAAAAGAAUUCACCGCAAUGCAGAAUGCCAAUCAUGGCGCGCGAAGAUCUUCAUCAACCGCCUCGGACGUCAAGGGCGGCGGCAAUACGUCUCGGCGAGACGAAAUCAUGGAGAUCCAUAGCCAGGCGCUCGAAAUGAUUGAAAUACUUUAG